ACAAACUAAAGAUGGCGGACGGCCAUCAUGAAAAUGUGGAAAACGUAAACAUCGCAGAGACAAAUGGUAGUGGUUUGAUUGACGUUGAAGAAACAGAAGAGGUUGCACGCUAUUCUAUUUUCUUUUUGAUUUGUGUUAGAUUGUAAAUACUAUUUUAAGGUGAUCUUAUGUUAGAGUCAGUAAAAGUUGCAGGUUCCCAAACUUUUCACAGUAAAAUGCACGGCAUAAAUUAGUUUUGACUCUCUUCCUCCUCUCAGCAGGAUUUGCAAAUUGAUCUUGAUCUCGGUGAACUGGACCUCACAUCUCAAGAUGAAUUUAUUUUGGACGAAGUGGAUGGUAAGGGAACUGGAGCAGCUCUCAUUUACCAAUUGAUAGUGAGAAUUAGAUUGAAUAAUUUAAAUUCAAUAAUCUUAAUAAUAUUAUUUUAUUGAUGUUUAACUUAACAGUAUAGUUAAAACCUACACUCAAAACAGCAGCAACAGCAACAACAUUGAAAAAAUUCUCAAUUUUUUUACAAGCAGACUGAAGGAGGAAACUAUUAAUAAUUGUUAUUGGCUGGUAGAGACUUGAAUCCAUAGCUCAAAGGAGUGGUUUUAGGGAAAACAAGGUGUGUGUGUGGGAGGGGAGGGGGGGGGUUGUUUAGUCUCACGGGCUCACAAACCUCCUUUUGAGCUACGGAAUCUGACCAUUUCCUUACUGGCUUUGUGUUUCUAGUUCAUAUACAAGAGAACUUAGAAGAUGAGCUGGUGAAAGAAGCUUUAGAAAAGGUAGGGAACAAUGCUUUAGGUGCUGAUUUCCUGUGGAUCCAAAGGUAUUAUGCUCAUAAAUUACCUGUGACACGGGGGGGGAGGGGGGGGGGUGUUUGGGGGUGUUAUGGGGGGGUUGCGGCCAGGGGUCAUUUUGAAAAUCGUGAUUGGUUUUGGGGGAUGAUUUUCAGAUAAGGGAGUAUUACCUGGACUGGUAAAAAGGUUUCAGGUGUAUUGAUAUUAUUGUAUCAAGUUUAUUGAUUGUUGCAAGUGUAUCAAGUGUACUGGAGAUGUCAGCCUCUGCAGAUCUCAAACUGGGUCUGUAGAUAUUUCCUCUUGCACAGGUACCUCCUUCCACUAUCAUCCCACUCCCAAAUGGCUGACACACACCUAACAGGCACAUAAUCAUCCCACCCUCAUUAAAGGUUGAAGAUAAAAGGUGCCAACAGAUGCUGCAAAGAAACCCUACAAUGGACUGAAAAAUUAGAAUUUAUACUGAUGUAGCAAAAUUUGGGUUUGAUGAUUUUACAUCCUGCCUCAUGGAAGAGGUCAAAUGUCAAUGCUAUCUGGGAGCUUUGGUUCCCUGUAUGGGAGUCCCAGUUCUGAUGUGAUUAACACAUAAUUGUGCCUUUAAUUAUCGGUGCAUAAAUUUUUGCCGGUGCCCAAGCAGUGACUGUGUUGCACUUAAUUGGAAUUCCUUUUUUUGUAUCUUAUACUCUAACACCUUAAACUUUUAUACUCUGAGGGAGCCCAAUAUCUACAUGUAUAAGCCUUAUGGUUUCUUUUUGGGCUUCCUCACCACAUUGCUUCUGUGUAUUUUCUGUAUUCUUGUCUUUUGUUUUUUUCUAUGGUGAAAUAAAGAAACUAAACUAUACUAAACUAAACUAAAUCUUAGGGGGUAGACCUCAGGCAAUAUUCAAGACAAAUUGAAGGAGAAUUGCAUGAAGUGGAGAAUGCUUCAAUCCUGGACUGUAUCCUUUUCAUUAGUAUUCACUUGUAAUGGGGUGUAUUUUCAUAAGUAGCCUGCAGAAGAGGCAUUGUUUUUCUCAAGAUCUUCAGAACAAGGGGUAUAGAAUGGUUUCUCAAAAAUGUGGGUCUUGGAAAAUUUUGGCCAGAUCUCGAAAUCUCGGAAGCAUUUGUGAUAGGUCUGAAAGUCUCGUUUUCAGGUGAUUUUGCGUUUGGAGUCUUGAAUUUUGAAACCACAAAGUCUCAAAGCUACCAUACUGUACCCCUAGAAGAGCAAACACAAGCACAAGAAAGGCAAAACAUGUCUGAUGUGGAAGGCACCCCUUCUUUUGCACAUGAUUGUCACUCACUCUAUGCCCCCCUCAAGCCUUGUAAGCCUUGCCUUUUUGUAUAGUGAUGUUGUAUUUCUCCCAAGUUUAACUUAACCUGUGUUGCUUAAAGAUAUCAAGGAAAGUGAAAAUAUUGCAAGCCUUCACAACCAGAUUGCUUCAUGUGAUACUAUUCUUGAGGUAAUGUAAAUUAAUUUUCAGUAGCAAAAUAGGCCAGUCUCAAAUUUUUAAAAUUCAUACUUAGCAUCGAGGUUGAGGGGUAUAAAACAAAAGAGGAAACACAAUGAAAUUCAGUGAUAGUUCAUUUUUUUUUAGUUUUAUUCCCCUCAACCUCAGAGCCAAGUAUGAAUUUUGAUAUAAUGUUUGAAACUAGCCUAUAGAGUGUUUUCAAUCACAUAGCCAGCAUGCAGCUAUGCAAAAUUUAAUUUAUUGCUGCAAAAGAAAACAUUUACAUAAGAAAACAGUUCAGCUCCCAUGGGACUUGUUUGGGACACCAACAUGGUGGACAUGACCUCAUCUGUUAAAGCUCUUUUAGACCUCACAUUUGCAGUGUGUGAUGGUAAAAGCCUGUGGUAGUUACAGUUUUCAGUGACGUUGAUUCAUGUCUGUACAUGCACAUAGUAGUACAUGUCUGUAUAAAUACCCUACAUCAGAAGUACAGUUGAUAUAGAAUGCUCAAUUGAUAUAUUUCAAUUUUUUAUUAAUACUCACAAUUAAACCAUAUUCAUAAAUGGCAGUACAUUUGUUAUGACUGAGUUUUUCAGCUUGGGUUAAUUAGUCUUACUAGCCUCAUUUAAGAAUGAAUAUUUUUUAAAAUUUUCCACAUAAACUAAAAUUGAUAUGAAAUGAUUAUUUGUUUAUGUUACCAGACAAAUAUUAAUAUAUCAAAUUAUAUGAAGAACUGUUUUUGAAGACUGUAAUAUGCUGCUGGCACCUUGAAACAUUAUUUUUCUUCCCUAUUUAUUUCCUAUUGUUUUAUUUUGUUUUAUCUUUGGGUGAAUUAGAGUAUGGAAAAAAUGCUUACAAGUUUUCAGGUAAGCAAAGUUAUAAAUUAAUAUGACCCCUGGUUUAACACUGUGCUAACUUACAGUAACUUAUACCUCCCAACUUUACUUUUCUGCCAGGCGUAAGAAAUAAUUUAUUGGUCUGCAGGCAUGAGCAGGUAUAAGAUACCAGCGUUCUACUUCCAGAUGUUAGUAUCAUGCCUAAAAACUUGUAGAAAGGUAGGUAUGUAAUAUUUACUCAAAUGGGCACAGCAGCGCUUUUUGAAUUUGUCAUGCCUCAAAUGCUGUGCUUAUUAAAGGACCAUGCUUAUGUUCCUCAGUCUUCUCUCAACUUUAAUUCUCAGUAAUCUACAAUCCACCACAGUCAUUCCGAUCAUCCUAUUCAUCCCAGUCAUCCAAUAAUCACAGUCAUUCCCAGUCAUUUCUAGCCAUCCCAGUCAUCUUAGUCAUACCUAGUCAUCCCUACUCAUCCCAGUCAUCCCAAUAUCUCCAAGAAUCCCUAGUCACCCCACUCAUCCCAAGUCAUCCUUAGUCAUCUUAGUCGUCCCAGUUAUCCCAGUCAUCCAUAUAGUCAUCCCAGUCUUUCCAGUAAUCCCUAGUCAUCUCAGUCAUCCCUAGUCAUCCCAGCCAUCCCGGUCAUCCAGUCAUCUCAGUCAUCCCGGUCAUCCUAGUCAUCUCCAGUCAUCCCUAGCCAUCCCGCCAGUUAUACCUGGUCAUCCUAGUCAUUCGAGUUAUCCCUCGUCAUCUUAGAUAUAUCACUCAUCCCAGACAUCCCUAGUCAUCCCUAGUCUUUCUUAGUCAUCCUAGUCAUUCCAGUCAUCCGGGUCAUCCCAGUCAUCCAAGUCUUCUCUAGUCAUUUCAUUUGUCAUCCCAUUCAUGCUAGCCAUACCAUUCUUGCCGGUCAUCUUCAUCAUCCCAGUCAUUCCUUGUCAUCCCACUCGUUCCUUAUUUCAGUCGCUGAUCUGCAGUUUUGGUGGGUAAUUCUGGUUCUUUAAUGAAAAGCCGAUGAAAACACGGACUAUUUUCAUAGACAGUGGGAGAAAAGGGGAGAUUUUUUUUUUAAUUUUUGAAAAAAACAAUUAGCAAAUGUACAAUAGGUACAUAACAUUUAUUAUCUUGUAACUCUUUAACAUUUGAGUGCUAAAUACCAUGCUUAUUUGUGGCCAUCUUAAUCGGGGAGGCGCUCAUUUGAGUAAAAUGGUACUUACCUUUGACAACAGCAGUGGGAGGUGUUUCAUUUAAACUAAAUUGCUAUGUGUUUGUUUGCUUUUCUGUUAGUGACCAACCUUUAGAUUUCUGAAAUGGCCUUAAUUUAGGAUUAAUUGUAUGCUUUCCUAACAGGAAGAUCUUGGGAGCAUAAGUUCAGAAAUCCAAACUCUUCAAGAGCAAUCAUUAUCCAUGAACAUCAGAUUGAAAAACAGACAGGUAAAGAAAGAAAAUUUGAUAAACAAAUCAACACUUCUGUGAAACUGUAUUGGACGUAAAGUUUAGCCGUGUAUCAGAUAGUUGUAUAAACUCAUUAAACAUUAAUUUUUGUUGUUUCUUCUUUAAGAAUUACUAAUGAGUUUCUGAAGCUCUUGUAAGCGACCACCCUCUAUUGUUUACCAUGCAGUCGCUUCUUAUGAGAGCUCAUUCGCGUAAGUGACCAGCACCAGUUACAACCUUUCUUCAAAUUUCCAAGGUGGCCACUAACGAGUAGACUACAAGUAGUCCCCAUUUUUCUUCAACGUCAACGAAUGGCUAAAAACCAACAAACUGUCCUUGAACAUAAAAAAAUCAAAUUUUGUAAUCUUUCGUCCCCGGCAAAAGAAUAUGCCCUUCAUACCUAGGAUUAGAAUUUUUGACUCCGUGACUAACACCUACGCAAACCUUGAAAUGAAAGAUUAUGUAAAAUACCUUGGCUUAAUGAUUGAUUCAAAUCUUUCAUGGAAAUACCAUAUCGAAUCUGUCUGUCACAAAAUCAGCAAGUCGAUAGGAAUUAUAGCUAAAAUUCGACAUUAUGUCCCGCGUCGUGUUUUACUUUCAGUUUACAACUCAUUAAUUGUCCCUUACUUGACUUAUGGUAUUUGUGGUUGGGGAAAUUGUGCCUUGACAUUUCAACGAAAGAUCGUAACUCUACAAAAACGGGCCUUACGUCUCAUUUACUUCAGUAAGUCUAAGGAACACGCCUGCACCCUUCUUUCUCAAAUCAAAUUGCCUUCCCCUGCCUAGCAUAUUUUUCAGAGAUUGUAGCUAUUUAUUGUAUGAUAUCAACAGACAGACAGCACCAGUUAGUAUUCUCAAUCAGUUCGUUAAAACAAGUCAGAUUCAUAACUACAGAACAAGAUCUGUCUCUAGCGACUCGUUUUAUGUUAAGUUCUCUAGAACCGAUAAAAUGUAUGCCUUUUUCACGAGAAUCGGUGCCCAAAUUUGGAACUCUAUUCCGAUUCGAUUAAAAUACUUAAACGUCAGUCCUUUCGUAAAAAAAAAUAAAGGAAUUAUUACUAAAUUUUUUUGCGGUCAGAAGAUGAUUAUGUCAAGUCUCCCGCCUUAUUAAGUUAUUUAAUACUUUAGUUAACCUCUCUUCGUAAUCGUUAUGUACAUGCCUUGUUUUUUGUUUUUUGUUUUAUGUUAGUUUAAACUCUAUUUACUGUAUUGUAGUGUCUUCACUGUUAUUUAGUCCAUCUAUAUAUAAUUCUUGUUUUGUAAUAUGUCUUCAGCUCCCCCCGCCUCGAUUAGUUCAUAAGCUAUUUGCGGGUGGGAAAGUAAUGUAAUUAGUUAUUUUCCAAUUUUCAAUAAAAUUUGUUGUUGUUGUUGUUGUUGUUGUAUAGUAGAGCAAGUGAAAUGUGAGCACACAUGAAAGCACCCCACGUGAGAAAGGCGAGAUGCAGUCGAGAGAGUCUUGCCUUUCUCAUGUGGGAUGAUUUUCACGCACUUGGGUUUCGCUCGCUCUACUAACCCUGAGGAAAAAUGGGGACUACUCGUAGUCUACUUACAAGAGCUUUGACUGUAUUGGUCUGUUUGGAAGGUGUUUCUGUAAACUUUUAUCCUGGUCUUGCCAUCUUCCCCUAGAUGGAGGCAGGUGUCUAAAGAAUGGUUGCUGAUUGUGGGGCUUCUAAAAAUCACCAGUUAAUUAAAAACACACAGAUUUUAUAAUGGCAUUUAAUUGCCAAAUCUUGUCUGCCUGCAGGCUGUCAGGGGUGAGCUUAGUCAGUUCGUUGAUGAAAUGGUCAUCACAAGUCCCAUGGUGAAGUAAGUAAAAUUCCUUGAUUAUUAUACCCUAUUCUUAGUCACCAAACGCAGCAGUUCUUAGUGUCUUGACACAACCUCCUCUCCACUAAGGACACUCUCUGUUUAAGGUCUCUUCCACUUUUGAAAGUGGAGUUUUUUUCGCCGUUUACAAAAAAGCACGCAUCGACACAGGCUUACUGUCAUUUCUCGCCAUAGCUGGCGAGGCAACUAUGAAGAGUACUCUUUUAAGCCCAUCUGUUACAUUCUUUCUAUAGGCACAUUUGCGAGACUGCAGUGACAGAGCAGGCAUUUAUUGAACAGCUUCAUGAACUGCACCACAAGAUCGAUUUUGCAAAGGAGCAGUCGUUCAAAGGAGCUUUGUCUGUGAACGAUGUGGGGAAUGAUUUAGAAAAGCUCAAAGUUAAGGUACUGUACCACAGAUCUGCGAUUCAUUUGCCACAAGUAAACUCGGCAUUGUUUACAGUGUACUUCACCUAGACCGAUUGAUUACCUCUUUCAAACCAUAUACUAUGAUGAGUCUUUUAUUCCAUUUCUGUCUGCAUCUCCAACGGCCGCUUUUCACUAGUCUUGUUGAGGUGGGGAAGUCAUACAUGUAGCUGAAUUGGAGGCAUGUGGAAAUGUUCUGGCUCUUGCUAUUCCGAUUCCGUCAAACUUAUAGAAUCCGUUUGUGUCUGAUUUUAUUAUUUAUUUAUUUAUUUAAUUAUUUAUUUUGUUAGGGAAAAUCGCGCUUACGAAUUCUACGGUCGACUCUCUCUUAACGGACACCUCUAUAAGACGGACACGUCCCUAAAACGGACACCUACAGUUGGUCCCUGCCUUUCUUUACUCCCUUUAUUUGACUCUCUCAAAGACGGACAUCUCUCUAAAACGGACACUUACUGCCGGUCCUAAAGGUGUCCGUCUAAGAGGGAGUUGACUGUAUUACCGUUCCAACUCCGGCUUUGUCGCCAGUGAAGGCAGUUUUUUGCCUGCGCGUAGACAUCUUCUGUGUCCUUUGCUUCACCUUAUCUAAAAUACUGUGACGACACCCUUUUAUUUUUUUUUUUAUUUCCCGGCUCUUUCAGGCAGUGCAGAAGAUAAGAAACUAUGUGAUGGAGAAGAUUUACCAGUUUCGUCGACCAAUGACCAAUUACCAGAUUCCACAAAACGCACUUCUCAAGUAUAGGUAAUCCAAGUAUUGUUGUGAUCUACGGGUAUAUUAAUUCCUUCAGUUUUUGUGAUUGUUUGACGUUGGUGUCUAAGUCAGCUAAGUAGUUAGAUGUGUCUGUUUUUGCUUCAUUUUAAAAUGUCUCGUGGUCGUUAUUUUAAACUCGGCUUUUGGUAAGAAGAAGUGAAAUUCUUAAACCAAACACAGGUGCCGGUGUUCAUGUUUGUUGGAAGUUGUUCGAUUGUAAUCUCAGGUCUUUUAUUAGUAAAUGGAACGAAAAAUCGACCUUUUGAUUGCAGAAUAGGAUCAAUAUUGAUAAAAAAAAUCCCACCUUCGACAGUUUGUUUUUAACUUGGAUUUCAGCAAAAAAAAACCUCUUAUUUUUCAGAUAUUUUAAUGAAUUUCUGAUGGCACAUCAUCGUCAAGUUGCGAGAGAAAUAAGAGACGAGUACAUCGAUACCAUGAGCAAGAUUUAUUUUUCCUACUUUAAAACUUACAUCAGCAAACUCCUUAAGCUACAGGUGAGUGUCUUAAGGCCAAACAGUGAUUUUACUCUGGAUACACGAACUCCGAUAUGAGCGUCGUUUUUUAGGAUUAACUCAGUCGGUAGAGUGCUUGCCUGUUGAGCGGGAGGUCGCGGGUUCGAUUUCCCCAGACCGGAUCAAUACUCAGGGUCUUCCUUUAAGUAGCAAGAGUGACCAAAUUCAAUUUUCUCCCUACAAAAUCAAGACAUAAUCAAGGGAAAAUGUUGUGAGAAUCAGUAAAAUAAUCUCCUGGUGGGAAAAUCUUUGAUAUAUAAACAAAUUUUCUUGACCAAUUCUUUAAGGAAAUGUAUGGAGAUCAGUCUGGAGAAUUUGUAUUUGGAUCUAGGGGCUUAAAAGCUUAAGAUAACUGAAAAAUGAAGGUACUACCUUUGCGCUGCCAACGGCUAGACCUUCGCGUGGCUCGGAUGACCACGUUAAGUGGCGCUGCCCGUCUCCAGGGGGAGUAGAUCUUAGUUGUAAGGGCUUUAUUCAAAAAUUUAUCGAUCUCAUAUGAGAUCUUAACGUUUCUGUUUUCUUCACGAUGAGGGAAGGGCGGGGUGGGGUUUACGGUUAUGAGUAGGCUAUUUAGCGUCACGCGCACUUACCUACGUAUAAAUUUUUUUUUCGCUUUAUACUCUCGCCUUCUAUGGGUAAAAUUUAGGAAUACAGUUAAUGUAAGUCCUUGUAGUUUUAACAGACUUUUAUUACUUGUUAUCCAGUUUGAGGAAUCAGCUGAUAGAGACGACCUCAUGGGUGUGGACGACAAUGCAAAGAGAGAUAUCCUUUUCACAAUUGCUAGUCGUUGUUUUGAAGACCUUUUGGGUUCCAUUUCAAACGUUUUUCAGUACUGCCAUUCCCCCUAAGUUACUCUCCAAGAAAAGGAGUAAAGAUGUCUUACUUUUGCGAUUGGUUUAAUUUGUUACCAUUAACGUAUCCGGCCAGGACAGAUAAAACACUUGCGGGAGUUCAAGUGUCGUGUUACUUUUGACAAGGUUGUAGCAUGCAACUGCGUAAUCCGGCCUCACUCUACUCCCAAGCAAAGAUACCCUGUUCCAACCUCGUUCCCAGGGUUCUCUCUUACCCGUCCCUACUGAGCGAGAGAGAGACGACGGGUAGGAGAGAGAACCUGGGAAGGAGGUUGACCCUGUUCUCGUUUUGUACUGUGCUCUGGGUUGUCAGACAAGUACUAUUCAUAAUAUCCAGUGUAGUUCAUUUGUAGUUCUUAACUAUUCACAAGGAUAUUCUCUGCAAAAAUCGCUCUGAAGAAUCGCUCGACUAUUUUCACGCUUGGAAGUCGCGGAAAUGUUCUUACGAGCGAGUUAGAAGAACCUGUGAUUGUGCCUCAUGCGGCACAAAAGACUGAGAAAAAGGUAGGAGAUGUAAGCUUCUGGAUGAAAAAAAAAACAUCGACAAAGAAGAGCAAACAAACAAAAACCAAAGAAGACGUAGACAGAAAAUCCAAGAUCGUGUUCGUCCUUUUUUUUUUUUGCAAUGCUUACCUUUCUUGUGAAAAUAAUUUUAUUUUAUACGAGAAUAGAAAAUAUGUAUAUUUUCAUACCUCUCUUGCUCCGCCUUGACACUCGUGCCCAGUUCACUUGUUCAUCGAAUAGAAUUGCAGAGGAACAGAGGGAUUUGAACAGUCUGGAGGAAAUCCCAAACCACUUUUUAUCAUUAUAGUUUAUUGACACCCUUAAACCCUAACCGUGACUAGCAUCCAAUUUCUCCCAAUGAUAUCACUGCAUAAAGAGGAUGAUCACACAAGAACUUUGAUACGAAUAAAGGGGAUGAUCCGCAACUUUAACAUGCCUUGGCUUUUAAACGAAGCCUCUUGCAUCAGCGGAAGAAGAAAUGCAUGAAAAAUGUGGGUUUAAUUUACUUAUUCGUUUUCCUUUUGUUUUGCAGUACUCUUUUGAAAGCUUAUUCCGCAGCAUGCAUUUUGCUCUGCUCGAUAACAGCUGCAGAGAAUACUUAUUUCUCGCCGAUUUCUUUAUGGCUCAAAAUAAUGCUGCUAAGGAUCUCUUCACAGCUGUCUUUGGAAAAACACUGUCGCUAUUUCUGGUGAGUACACCAGGUGUCUUCGAGUUGAUCAGAAAGGAUCAUUAAACGUUUCUAGUAAACUGCCCACCUACCCCUCCCUUAGGCCAAGAUUAACACUUGCUUCUCACUUAAGGCAAAAUGUUGGCUUAGGGGAGGGGUAGGUGGGCAGUUUCCCACUCCAGAGGGACCUGCAAUAAGAGUUAGUCCUAGAUAGGUGCCCGCCUUAUAGAGAGUCAAAGAAAUUUAAAGAACGGCAGGGUCCAACUCUAGGUGUAUGUGAUAGGGAGGUAUCUGGCCAUCUGAUGUGUCCCGUGUUAAGAAAUAGUCCUUCGUACUUGUUUACUGAACUCCCCCUAUGUAAGGAAACCCUAGACGGUCUUGAAUAGUGGAUUCCACGCCGUGGAUUUCGGAUUCCAGGUAGACGAUUUGAGUCUUUGUCCUGGAACUUCCGGAUUCCUUGAGCUGUAUUCCGGAUUCCAAAGCCCGGGAUUUCGGAUUCCACAAGCAAACAUUUUCCAGAUUCCCUUACACUGGGCGAACUGAACUAAUGAAAAAAAAUACAGUCAACUGAAUAUACGGUGUAUAGACAGGGUGUCUGCUUAUUACGGGGUCUGCUUAAUUCAUUGUACUGUCUGAAUUAUUGCUGUUAUUCAAACCAACAGAAACAAAUGGACACGUAUCUGGAGAGCUGCUUUGAUGCCAUUGGCAUUUUCUUGUGCAUUCAUAUUGUUCAUCGAUACAGAAUUCUUAUGCACAAAAGAAGCGUACCGGCCCUGGACAAGUACGUCUUUAUUCUAUGACUACGUAUUUAUCACCGAAACAGGAUACUUCCGGUACUGCUGUUCCCUAGCAAAGUUUAGGACUUGUGUUACAUGACAAAACGCACUUUACUUGAGUGUCAAUGUAUUUAGCACGCAAUUACUAGUUGAGUACACAAUUCUUACGUCUCCCCGUGGGGAGUGGAUCCGCGCCAUUUCCUCGUGGUCAUACGAGCCACUCAAUGGUCUAGCCAUUCACAAGGCCGCAAAGGCACGAUCAUCAAUUUGCAGUUAUUUUAAGGCUGAGUAUUGGUCUGCCGCGAGAUCGAACCUGCGACCUCCCACUCUGCAGUCGAGCGUUCUACCAACUGAGCUAAUCCUUCAGCGGUACAUAUAUAGCUAGUUAAUUGGCCACUUCAACAUAGCUUGGAUACCAGAGGCUUGUCAUGCGCGGUGUCCGCGGUGUCCUGUUUCGAUCAAGUCUGCUAUCCAGGGUAACCUUGCCAAAAAUCUCUCUAUAGCAUCUCAGUAGUCUGAGAGACUCAAAUCAGGCAGGUAGAACACUUAAACCGGAUUCAUCUUAUUUUCAUUCUUACCGGACAAUAGUACCCAUAAUAACCCCUCAUAUAUAAAUGAGUUCUCCCUGACCACUUUUUUUUUUCCCUGACCACUUUGCGUCUUUCUAGUUCUUAGUCAGUUUGCUUGACUCGUACAUUUAUCAUCGUAUUUGUACAUUUAUGUGUUGACUCCAGAUACUGGGAUACAGUAUUGGAGAUGUCUUGGCCCCGUUUCACAUAUGUCGUGGAGCUUAAUGUUGACAGCGUUCGUAACACAGAUCCACAAAAACUUGGCGUCAUUGACAUAAGACCUCAUUAUGUGAGUAUGGACUGUUUCCUAUAUAUAAAUAAAACUCACUCAUGAGUCACCAUCCUUUAAAAUUUCAACCUUAUUUUUAAGAUAGAGACGAAAAGAGACUAGAAAUAGGCAUUCUUAUGAGUGGUUUCCGUUUGAAUAAGACAUCACAGUAUAUUAUCCACAGAAUAGCAUGUUCCAGGCUUUCAGUUAGUUGGGAUGAGUGAAAAGAAAAAGGAACCCGAGAAAAGAGAAGGGGGAGGACUGGGAAGAGACGGGGUAGUUCCCCCUUCUCCCUGUUUUUUUCUGUCUGUUUGUUUGUUUGUUUGGCGCUUGUUUUUCUUUUCGCCCCUUCCCACUUACCGAGAGUCUGAAACAGCUACCAGAAACAUAUUAGAAAAGAUUGAAGAUGAACACCACCAUUAAUUUCUUCUUUGAGACUGAAAAAAAAAAUUGAAAAAAUAAUGAAUAUAAUCAAUUUAAAAGAAAUAAGUUCGCCUUGUUUUGAGAAGUCACGCUAGUUAUCGGAAAUAAAAAGGAAAGUCAGAACAUGUGGUGACAUUUCCAAUUGUAUACGUCAUACUUAGCAAUAUCCAGAUUUAUACUGACUCCGUUUUAUUUAAUAAAGUCUUUUCAUUCUUUUUUUCAGAUUACCCGUCGAUAUGCGGAAUUCUCUGCUGCCAUUGUCAGUCUAAAUGAAAGUUUUCCGGAUGAAAAGGUUUGAGGAAUAGUCAAACCGUAAAUGUUUUUUACCCUGCCUGAUCUCUUUAACUAACCACUUGACUAACCACUCCCCUUUCUAACCAGUCAUCUUUUUACUCGUCGGGCGUCGCCUUUUCCAAUCACAUCUCAUUUGUUUCUUUUUAACUUCUGGAAAAACGUAAUGAAAUGAAAAAGCUACUUAGACCAUAGACUACAAAACAGUCGGUUUUUUCCCCUCAAAAUCGAUGUCUAGGCGUGUGAGGCGAGAGAAAAAAACUCUCUCCCCAGUCUCGCUCUUCGUUUUCAGCCUCGCUCCAGACCUUUUGUUUGACUGCUCGUGCGUAUUUGAUUGCGCAAAAAGAACUGUUUUGAAGUCUACUUGGACCAUUCAUGCUCGCUAGCACUAUUGAGAACCAUUUCUAUUAAUCUGGUUCUUAUAAGACGAUUAUAACAACCCUUAGUCAAUCUUCUUGUAAUUAUUGUUACCAACUCUUACCAUGUCUUAGGUGAACAAAGUUCUCGCUGCGUUACAAGUUGAAGUGGAGAACUUCAUCUUACGAAUGGCAGCCGAGUUUCCUUUGCGGAAGGAACAACUAAUCUUUCUUAUCAACAAUUACGAUAUGAUGCUAGCCGUGUUGAUGGUACGUAGCCAAGAGUAGUUUAGUAAGGAGAUCAUUGCCAGCAUUUAGGAGAUCUUUUCAGUUGUUACAUAAAGGCCGGCGUAACGUUUUGUUUUGGCUGACUGUGAUGAGUAUUUGUUCGCAUUUUCACAAUUCUACGAUUAGAUCCAAAAUGCUGUUGAAUUUUCGAACAUUCAAGCGAUAUCAGGCUUGGCUUGCAUUUGUGCACUUGGGCUUUACAGUAAAUCUCGAUUUCGGUCUAUUGACGGUUGGGUUAGGUGACUGGUCGAUGUGGUUUAUUGUUUUGAGUUUCACUAUACAAAACUAGUAAAACGAAUACCUCAGAGCCAGCUUUUACAACAAUAAUAAACAAGUCACAAAAGAAAAAAAAGUGAAUGUUCAGCAGAAGCAAGGAAGAACUUGCAAGCAUUGAAGACGUUUAGAACUCCUGGGUUGAAAAAGAAGUGCUUUUAAGAUCUGGUUGAUAUGAUUGCGUUUUGAGUUUGGUCGUGUUAUGUUUGUGAGACGCUAAGUCAAAGAUAGUCAGUCUUUGCACUGUUUGUAGGAAAGGACUUCAGAAGAUUCAAAAGAGGCUGAAAGUUUCCAGCAGUUGCUCACAGCCAGAAUACAGGAAUUCGUUGAAGAGGUGGGCCUUAUAUUUUCUCUACAUUUAUAUCCAUAUUCAUUUUCACAUUCCUAUAGAUAUAUAUAUAUAUGUUUAUUUUCUUGCCCAAUUUGGUUUCUUUUUGAAAGCGAACAUUAUUCAGUGAAACUAGGGUUGUCAGCUAAUUUCCUCCGGUUAAUUCUACUUAUUUGGUUGUCACCAAUUAUUGUUGUUAUGCACAGGUGCUGUCUCCAGCGUUCGGUGGUAUGACUGCAUUCAUCAAAGAAACAGAGCCUCUUCUAGAACGAGGACAGGGGCAGGUUAUUAGACCUGACGAACGUACGUACACGUUGCUUGCGCAGCUCAGGUUGCUUUUAUAAGCUAUUUAUUUGGCGAUAUUAUGUAUUUCAAACUGACUACUUCAAACAAGCCAUUUGUAUCUUUCCAGUUGACAUAGUGCUCUUAUUUUUCUUCAGGCCGCAUUCAGCAGCUAGUGCGUGGAUUCGCCUCUGAUUGGAAGCGAUCAAUAGAAAAUAUCAAUCAAGAAAUCAUGAGAUCAUUCUCCAACUUUAAAAAUGGAACCGCCAUUCUUCAGGUACGCUCUUUCUUGUCAACCCAAUUUCCAGGCUCUCUCCUCUUCCCGUUCUUUCUGUACACCAGUGAGCUUACUUAACAGGGCCCGGUUGCAUAAAACGCCCGUAACAACUACGGGUACAGGUACGUGUACUCGUAACUUAAGUCAGUUGCAUGAAAUCACUUAAGUGGUCCACUUAGGGAAUUCACUUAAGUGGUUGCACUUACGAUUUUCGUAAGUGUUCACUUAAGUGUCGUUUAUGCAACAGAAAUUGCGGGUGUUACAUAAAACUUUUUUUACGAGAAAAAUAGCACGUAAAUUUACGGGACCUAUGUAGGUCCCGUAUCGUUACUGUUUUUACUAAAUUUAACGAGAUCUUUUACUGAGAAGUGAAAAAAAGUAUUUUUCUUCACGUAAUUCGUUCUAAUGCGCUUUGUUAACCUUUGAUGUACACUUUUGUGAAAAAAGAGGAAGAACUAUCAUUUUCAGUAGAUACUGAAGAAAAAUACGUUUGCAAAAACGUUUGCAGGCAAAUUUCAUUUUUUGAGAGGCUUAAAAGUGUUCGAAACGACUUUUAACUUUCUUUACACUCACCGAUGGUUAGCUUAAAAAAAAGAGUGAAUCAUUAAUAAAGAACUAUAUCAAGGUUACGUGUGCCCUUAAGUAAGCCUGUAAGUUACCACGUAAAACAGAAACUUACGAGAGUGCUAAGUGCGUUCCAUGCAACACCCGUAAGUAUACCCAUAACGGAUUUGUAGGUGACCUACUUGAGUGAGCACUAAAGUGCAGGUUUUAUGCAACAGGGCCCAGAACUGCAGGAAGAAGAGGACGGCAAAACGUUUGUGUGUGACAAACGUGACCGGGCUAUUACUUGAGUGUUUUGUCGAGAUCCUCCACUUAAUAUUUCGGUGUUCUGGUCUUGUACAAAAAGAUCUGUUUAAAGGACGGUGAAGUUUAGCGGAAAAAGUUUCCAAACGUAAUUAUUGUCACGUUUGUCACACAAGGUUUGUCGUCUCCUUUCCUCUGCGGUCCUAUCGUUUAAGUUCACAACUGCUCUGGGGUACGGAAAGGAGAUAGACAUAUUAACGCGUGUGUUUUCCCCUUUUUUCAUUGUUAUUUUAUUUUAUUUUUUACUCUACAGGCUGCUCUUACACAACUGAUUCAAUAUUACCACAGAUUUCAGAAAAUCCUUUCUCAACACCCAUUCAAGCGCCUACCCAUUCGUAGUGAACUAAUUAACAUACAUCAUGUCAUGGUAGAAGUCAAGAAACACAAAACAACGUUUUAAAUUACUGUUGGAUCGAAUCUGGAAAUCCGUGAGGAUUCAAAAGUUGAUAAUGGCGACAGAGCAUUUUUUCACUAAUGUACGGGAUGAACGUAUCAAAGUGCACAAGAGCCCAGCAAUGGUAAAGACUAUUGACUGAAUGGGUGUAUAUCCCUCUAGGUUGAAAUUCAUGGAUAAUGCAGUUAGCUUUAUGCACACGCCAAACGAAAACCAGUUAUGAAAGCUGCUAUAAAUAACUGAUUAAGGUCAGAACUCUGUGAGUUGCACCCACGGUUAGUGCAGUACGAAUAAAGGACAAUCUGUUAUAGUUCGCAUGCACUACCGUUGUACGUGUUUCAUGGCCAACAAAUGCAUUGGAUGCUGUGGAACACAGUGUUAACACAUUUGGGGGGACGAGAACUGUCCACCUUCAACUCUGCAUGAAAUGGUACAACGAUCUAAAAAUUUCCGUCGAAUGUCCUUUUGUCUGUGAUUAAGAAGCCUAUCCGUUAUGGUCAUAGGUUUUGUUCGAAAACAACUGAGUCAUCGUUGUAUCCUGCCCAUGCAUGGACACAUUCGGCUACCCUGACUUUAAAGCGGUGAUUCCAAUGUUUACAAGGAGCGUUGUAAUAAAAAGGGUAAAGAAAAAUUUAAAACUCAACUGUUCCAAAAACAGUGCAAAAUAUGAAAAUGCCAAAAGCUUGACGUUUACAUACAUCGUGUGACGAACGAGGGGAUGUUUCGCUUGAGAGCACUUCUAGAAUCGUCUGCUGCAUACCAAAUUAGGUCAUUUUAAUAGAGAGGAGUGUAUAGUUUUAGACGAUAAAAUGACUUCAUUAAACUAUGUCAAAACAAAAUAAGAACAUUGAUUAAAGACAUUUUGCC